AGGAAAUAUCAAUAAAAAAAGCAAAUAUAACAAAUAGUAAUAAGCAAGAGAAGAUGAAAAGUGUAGAAAGCUAUAAUAUAAAUAAGGAAGAAAGAGAAAAGCAUGCAAGAAUAGAACUAGAAAAAAUAGAGAGAAAAAGAGGUGAACUAAGAGAAGGUCAAAAUGAGAUCUAA